ACACUUUGAAGCUGAUCUGUUGCAGGCUCCACUCUGUAGAUCGGUGUCUUAGCUAUUAAAAAAAAAUGUUGUAGUGCUCUUGGAAUUGCCUUAAAGUACCUAGGACAAUGUCCAAUCUUGCGGCUCCUUACUAAUGUUUAACGAUUUGGAUUGAAGUUGUUAACACAGUGACUUGGAUGAUUACAGGAUAUCUGAUACUUAAACUAUUCUUUUUCCUUUCUGCGUCACUGCUCUCACUCUCUCUGGAGCAGGGGACUACAUUCCUCUGAGGACCCCAACAAAGAUGAAGACAUGGGUGAAGUGGCUGAUCGGUCUGCUGGUCGGGGCGGUAGUUAUUGUUGCUAUUGCUGUUCCUGUGGCGCUUCUGGUAACAAAAGAAGAAAAACAGCCAGAUUCUCGCAGAACGUACACACUGGAUGAUUAUUUUGGCGAUCGGCUUAGGACUAGAUCAUACAGCCUGAGGUGGAUUUCAGAUAACGAGUAUCUUCACCGCUCAAGGGAAAAUAAUAUACUUAUCUUCAAUGUUGACACUGGAGGUUCAACUGCGAUCAUUUCAAACACCACAAUAAACAACAGCAAUGCAUCUUACUAUGACCUGUCCCCAGACAGAGGAUAUGCACUACUGCAGUACAACUAUGAGAAGUUAUGGAGACACUCAAAUAUAGCUUCUUACAGAAUACUUAAUGUACAGACUCAGACGCUUAUCACUGGAAAUGAAUUACCUCAAAACAUUCAGUAUAUUACAUGGUCUCCUGUAGGCCAUAAACUGGCUUAUGUUUGGAAAAACAAUGUUUACAUAAGGAAUACUCCAGAGGGGCAGAGUAUCCAAAUUACCACCAAUGGAGAGGAAAACAAGAUCUUAAACGGCAUACCAGACUGGGUGUAUGAAGAGGAAAUGUUUAGCACUAAUUAUGCUUUAUGGUGGUCUCCAAAUGCAAAGUUUUUGACAUACGUAGAGUUCAAUGAUACAGAAGUGCCAAUAAUAGAAUAUUCAUUCUAUGGGGAUGAUUCAGAACAGUAUCCGCAGACUAUCCAUAUUCCAUAUCCUAAGGCCGGAACUAAAAACCCCACAGUGAGACUGUUCUCUGUGGACGCAGAAUCCCUCAACAACAUAACUAUCAAGGAAAUACUUGCACCACCGGAGAUUAAAUCUGGAGACCAUUACUUGGCUCGAAUGGACUGGGUUACAGACCAGAGAUUGGCGGUCCAGUGGCUUAGAAGAAUCCAAAAUGUUUCAGUUCUUCUCAUAUGUAACCAUGUAGACAGCUCUACGACUUGGAAUUGUGAUCCGCCCAUAUAUGAAGAGAGCACUACAGGCUGGGUUGGAAAUUUUGGGCCCAGUAGUCCGUACUUCACAUCAGGGACAAAAUAUUACAAGAUUAUUAGCAAUGCAGAUGGUUACAAGCAUGUACACUUCUACGGAACCAGGGAGGCAGUUCAAAUAACUAGGGGAAAUUAUGAAGUGACCAGUAUUUCCAAAAUAACAAAUGAUGAUCACUUGUACUAUAUAAGUAAUGACGGAGGAUACCCAUCAAAACGACAUCUUUACAAGUUAAAGUUGGAUAACACUUAUAGUCCACAGUGUAUUACCUGCAACCUGCAUUCUGACAGAUGCCAGCACUUCUCAGUGUCCUUUAGUACCAAUGGAAAGUUUUAUGCCUUGUACUGCAAUGGACCAGGAAUUCCCAUAUACACUUUACAGAGCACCAGUGAUGACAAAGAAAUAAGAGUUUUAGAGACCAAUGAAGAGCUAAACGUCUUACUUCAAGAUGUUCAGAUGCCCACAAAAGAAAUUGGAAACCUUUCUCUCCAUGGAUUAAAUUUGUGGUAUCAGAUGAUUUUACCUCCUCACUUUGACAAAUCCAAGAAAUAUCCCUUGUUAAUCGAUGUGUACGGAGGACCAUGCAGCCAGAAAGCUGAUCAGUAUUUCAGGCUAAACUGGGCAACGUACCUGGCUAGCACGGAGAAGAUUAUCGUGGCCAGCUUUGAUGGCAGAGGGAGUGGAUAUCAAGGUGACAAUAUCAUGCACCAGUUAUACAAGAGGCUGGGGACAGUAGAAGUAGAAGAUCAAAUUCAUGCUGGCAGACAUUUUGCAUCCUUGGGGUUUGUCGAUGAAAAAAGGAUAGCGAUUUGGGGAUGGUCAUAUGGCGGUUAUGUAACUUCUAUGGUGCUUGGCAGUGGAAGUGGUGUGUUCAAGUGUGGAAUUGCAGUAGCCCCGGUGUCAAGCUGGCAAUAUUAUGAUACUAUUUAUACAGAGAGAUACAUGAACCUGCCUACACCAGAGGAUAACCUGAAGAAUUAUGAGAGUUCGACGGUCAUGGCAAGAGCGGCGCAGUUUAAGGAUGUGGGAUACCUCCUAAUCCAUGGCACAGCAGAUGAUAAUGUUCACUUCCAACAAGCAGCCCAAAUCUCCAAAGCACUUGUGGAUGCAGGAGUAGACUUUGAAGCUAUGUGGUAUACAGACAAAGACCAUGGGAUAGGUGGCUUGGCAAGCAGACAUAUCUACACCCAUAUGAGUCAUUAUCUGAAGCAAUGCUUUAAUCUUCAGUAAUCAAAGACAAUAUACUUGUAUGUGCCAUGAUUGACCGGUACACUGUGAUGAGUAAAAGGAAGCCAUUUUGAAUCCUUAGGGCAACCAGAGAAGCAACACACAAGGAAAAUGACUUAGAAAACUACUGUAAGAAUAAAUGAGACGCACAGUGAAAUGGACAUGCUUUCAGUCAUGGCUGAAAGUGUGGAUGAUAUUAAUGAAGAGAUCUCACCCAUAAUUCUUUAUAACUUUGCUAAUUUGGAGAGUAAACUAUUUAUAUGUGAAUGUCAAACUGGUACUAUAUGAACUGUUAGCCGAAU